AUCGAGUAGUGACAACUCGGACGAUCGCCUCCUCGCAAGAGAGUCAAACUUGCUUGCCCCAGCGACUUCCUUCGCCUCGUCAUCAUGUACAAGUGCACCGUUCUUCUCGCCCUUCUGGUUGCCUGCGUCGUCGCGGCGCCUGCCCCCAGCUACUUGGAGUCGAUCUCCGCUGCAUACUCGGCGCAUCCCGCAUCCAUCAUCCACGCGGCUGCCCCGAUCGCCUACAAUGCCUACACAGCACACGCAGCCCCGAUCGCCUACGCGCCCUACGCCGCUCCGUUCGCAUACACCGCGCACGGCGCACACGUCGCUUACACCGCACCUGCUGUCAGUGCUGUCAGCUACAUCCCCUAAGGUAGAGCUGUAGGACGCACUUUCCUUGGGAGCACGAGGCCUUGUAUUGCCCGAGCCGAUGUCAUUCGAUCGUUCUUUUUACUCAGGGGGAGAAGAAAAUUAUACGUAUAUAAUUUUUAGUAUAUUUAACAUAUAUGCAGGGGUAAAAAUAAAUUAAUAUUUUAUCCAAUUGUCAUCCGUUUAUUGCGUGACAUCUCUAUUACACCGAUGCUAAUCCGCCCGCGCGACGACAGCGAGCGUUGACACGUUCGAAACGAGAUAUAUAUUUCGUCGAGCAGAAAGUAAUCCUCUUCGAGUACUUAGGCUUCAAAGAGAAUUUUAAUGAUGGCCUGCGUCGAAACGCUCGUAUUACGCGCAAAGCUAAAUGCGUUCGUAAAUAAGUCACGAGGCCUCUCGGCCGUUUUACGUAAAUUAAUAUCACGUAGUAAUUCGGCAGACCGCGCCCGAUCUAAUGGCGGCUCUAAAGAUUUUCGAAAUAUUUCCGGAAUAUUUCCAUCAUGCGACAGGUCGAUAUGUAUUUAUAUUCCCUUUUUCGGUAUAUUCAUAAAUCGGCCGCAAUAUAGAAGGAAUAAAAAAAGUAUAUUCGUACACUCAAUUUUUUUCAGUACU